AUGACUGGCCAACUAGCUGGUCUAGGAGGGUAUAUGGACAUGACUGGCCAACUAGCUGGUCUAGGAGGGUAUAUGGACAUGACUGGCCAACUAGCUGGGGUAGGAGGGUACAUGGACAUUACUGGACAACUAGCUGGUCUAGGAGGGUAUAUGGACAUGACUGGCCAACUAGCUGGUGUAGGAGGGUAUAUGGACAUGACUGGACAACUAGCUGGGGUAGGAGUGUUCAUGGGCAUGACUGGACAACUAGCUGGGGUAGGAGGGUACAUGGACAUGACAACUAACUGGUCUAGGAGGGUAUAUGGACAUGACUGGACAACUAGCUGGGGUAGGAGUGUUCAUGGGCAUGACUGGACAACUAGCUGGGGAGGGUAUAUGGACAUGACUAAACAACUAGCUGCGAUAGGAGUGUUCAUGGGCAUGACUGGACAACUAGCUGAUGCAGGAGGAUACAUGGACAUUACUGGCCAACUAGCUGGUAUAGGAGGAUAUAUGGACAUGAAAACUAGCUGGUCUAGGAGGGUACAUGGACUGACUGGACAACUAGCUGGUCUAGGACAUGACAACUAG